CCUAUCCCGGCGGCCCUUGGGGCGGCUGUGUCCUCUCUUCCCUUCCGUCGCCCGAGUAAAGUCUCAUAAGCGCAAGGGGAGGAGGGGAAGGGCUAGAGGAGCAGGAGAGCCAUGGUCACUGUAGCAACGAUAUCCGGGUUCCUGGCACAGCUCAGUGAAACCUUCCGUGUUCGUUGGUAACCUUGGCAACAGAUAACUAGCUGGAAGCGGCGGAGCCAUGGCGGAGGUGGCAGCCAGACCGCCUGCAUCCUUCCUGGCAGCCAAAGAACCUCCAAAAGCCCGCUCAGCAAGAGAUGCCUUGGACACCUUGGGAAAGAGAUGGACAGUGCCAGAACUGCGCAGUCUGGAGAAUAGGAACUGGCUGAUCCACUUGUACUACAUCCGCAAAGACUAUGAUUCCUGUAAGAUUGCUAUAAAAGAGCAACUUCAAGAGACCCAUGGGAUGUGUGAAUAUGCAGUCUAUGUUCAAGCUUUGAUAUUUCGACUGGAAGGGAAGAUUCAUGAAUCACUUGAGCUUUUCCAGACUUGUGCUAUUCUCUCACCUCGGAGUGCAGACAACCUCAAGCAAGUGGCCCGAUCACUGUUUCUUUUGGGGAAACACAAAGCAGCCAUUGAAGUGUACAAUGAUGCAGCCCAGCACAACGAGAAGGACUGGGAGAUCUGCCACAACUUGGGUGUCUGCUACAUGCAUCUGAAAUAUUUCAAUAAGGCAAAAGAUCAGCUAAAUAAUGCCCUGGAGCUCAACCAACAUGACCUGACAUACAUGACGCUGGGGAAAAUCCACCUGUUGGAAGGGCAGACGGACAAAGCCAUUGAAGUCUAUAAGAAAGCAGUGGAGUUCUCUCCAGAAAACACAGAGCUCCUUACAACUCUGGGCUUGCUGUAUCUGGAGCUCAAAGUUUAUCAGAAAGCCUUUGAGUAUCUUGGGAAUGCACUCACAUACGACCCCAGCAACUACAAGGCCAUUUUGGCAGCUGGCAGUAUGAUGCAGACGCAUGGAGACUUUGAUGUAGCCCUCACCAAGUACCGGGUAGUAGCUUGUGCUGUUCCUGAAAGUCCCCCGCUCUGGAACAACAUUGGAAUGUGCUUCUUUGGCAAAAAGAAAUACGUGGCGGCCAUCAGCUGCUUGAAACGAGCAAACUAUCUUGCUCCCUUUGAUUGGAAGAUUCUGUACAACCUUGGUCUCGUCCAUCUGACAAUGCAGCAGUAUGCCUCUGCUUUCCACUUCAUCAGCGCUGCUGUCCACCUCCACCCAAAGUUGGCAGAACUCUACAUGUUGUUAGCAGUUGCUUUGACAAAUCUUGAAGAUACAGAGAAUGCCAGGGUAGCCUAUCAAAAAGCAUCAGCAAUGGACAUGUGCAACCCUCUGAUUAAUCUGAACUAUGCAAUCCUGCUCUACAAUCAGGGGGAUAAGAAAGGGGCUGUUCUCCAGUACCACGAGAUGAAAAGAAAAGUCCAUGCAUUAAAAGAGAGCACACUGGAGUUUGACCCUGAGAUGGUAGAUGUAGCCCAGAAACUAGGUGCUGCCUUACAACUGGGAGAGGUCGCAGUCUGGGCUAAACCUGGUAAAGACUCCAAAUCAAAGCAGCAAGCAAGUGCAUCUAGCAAAUCCUCCAGUGCACAGCCUUUGGGCACUAACCAAGCUCUGGGACAGGCCAUGUCUUCUGCAGCUGGGUAUGCCAAGACCAUGAUUGCAGGUGCUGGAGGUUCAACUCAGCUGGCAAAGCUUCCCUCCCUGCCACUGGAGCCCAAGCCCAACUCUGAUCUUGAGAAAACCACAUCUCCUGCAGAAGGGCAGGAGCAGAGUCAGUCCAUAGAACAAGACAAGGAAACCUGAAGAGAUGACUAGGACAGCUCAUAGAGCUGCAGAACUCGCACUGCUAGCCAGAGAGGGGCAAGGUGUGUAAAGUCAAGAUCGCAUAAAUCUUGCUCCAGCAUGAGGUGGUCCUUGCUCCCUCCUUGAGCCAACAAAAUGCUUGGGAACUGGUUGAUUUUUUCCCAGUAUUCUAAAUUAAAAGAAAGAUUAAAGAUACUCUCACACUAUUCCCUAGAAGCAGCUAUCUCUUUGCAGCAGGAAGAGCAGCUGGUUAUCUUUCAAGUCCCCAACAGAAAAAAAUUGCAGUGAGGUGCCUUAAAUAUUGAGACUGCAGCAUUCCUCUCCUUGUGCUUUUCUAGUGGCUUUUACUUACCCUCAUAACAUAUCUGUACUAGCAGCAGCUAGCUGGUAACUGCGAAAGGCCAGCCUGAAGCACCUACUGCUGUACCCCUCAAAGCAGCUAACUGGUUCAGGGUUGUCAAAUGUGGAGUGCAAAUGCUUUAGCACCAGUCCUGUGCUUUCUGCUGCUGCUUUGGGAUCUCAGAGGGAUCAACCAAAUUAAUGACCAGAAGGUAUCUGCCUCUUCCUAUCACUGAAUGGUCAAAUGUAUUACUACAGCCCAUUUGGCAGAAGAGAAGUACUUUAUAUAUAAAGGAAGUGUUUUUAAUGUAAAUAGAAAUAUUUAAUAAAGGGAUCAAAACCGCUUCUCUAUAUUUAA